CGUGGGAGUUUCCGUGGCUGAGAGAGUAUUGCCACUGCAUAGCUUCAAAUCUUCAUUCUAUCAAGGUUGAGAUGAAAACAAUGGCUUCACCUUCUCUUCAGUUUCAUCUUGUUCCCUCUCUCUCCAAAUCCUGGUCUUCAAUAUCCCCUCUUUCCCAACAUCACACCCAUCCAUUCACUUCCACAACCUCACUCAAAUUCAUUUCUACCAAUUCCAUUACCACUUUUACUCCCAAACCUCUCUCUCCCUGUUCCGCUCUAACAGAGUCCAACUCUCCUAAUUCCACCCAACCUGACCCCAAAACUCUUCUCCAAGACAUUGCCGACAGUUUUGAUCUUCCUUCUGAUUACUUUGCGAAGUUCCCCAACGAUCUUCGAUUAGAUCUAAAUGAUGCUGCGUUCGACCUUUCAAAUGGACCUGUCUUGGAUGAGUGUGGCAAAGAGUUAGGAGAGACAUUGCUAAACCUCUCUCGAGCAUGGGAGCUUGCUGAUACAUCAUCCUCUCGCUCUUUAGUCGCAAAGCUUCCUUUGAUUGAGGCUACUUUGUCAGGCACUGCCAAAUCAGCACUUGGAAAACGUUUGGUAUCUGCUGGAAGAAGGUUUCAGUCAAUGGGGCAAUAUGGCCAAGGUGAGACACAAAAGAUUGCAAAGGCAAUGAUUGAGGCUGGGAGAGCUUUGUCUUCUAAUUCAACAUCUGCAGUUGUUGAUAAGCAGCCCAAAGAGGAAAGUAGGACGCUGAAGUUUGGAGCAUUGCAGGUUGAAAUUACUCCCCUUAAAGCCAAUAUAGGGGCUGCAAUUGCAUUAGUUUUUGGGAUUCUUACAUGGGAGAUAGCUCAGGGAGUUCAAAGCAGUCCAGAGAGUUCUUUGCAGUAUGCAAAUGACAAUGCCUUAAUGCUUGCUAAGUCUUUGAGGGGAACAUUGCUUGCUCUUUUUUACGCUUCCACACUCUUGUCUGCACUUACUUCAGCAGGGCUUGUUUUACUUGGUAUACAACUUAAAUCAGAUAUGGCUUCCCUCUCUUGCUCAGCCAACGACCUUGCCCCACUUCUCACCACCACCGCAAACGCAACCGCCGUCGCAAACUACCUCUGCACCCAAUUCAAUGCAAUCUCAAAAAAACUCAGCGACACAACCUACGCAGUAGAUAACACCUACCUUCUCUUCUCAGCUUAUUUAGUCUUCGCCAUGCAGCUCGGUUUCGCCAUGCUCUGCGCCGGUUCCGUUCGAGCCAAAAACACCAUGAACAUCAUGCUCACCAACGUCCUCGACGCCGCUGCAGGCGGCCUCUCCUAUUACCUAUUCGGUUUUGCUUUUGCCUUCGGAGCACCUUCCAACGGCUUCAUCGGCCGCCACUUUUUCGGUCUAAGUGAUUACCCUUCACCUCAAGGUGACUACAGUUUCUUCCUCUACCAAUGGGCUUUCGCCAUUGCCGCCGCGGGAAUCACCAGUGGUUCCAUUGCAGAGAGAACACAGUUUGUUGCGUAUCUUAUAUACUCUUCUUUCUUAACCGGUUUUGUAUAUCCCAUUGUUUCGCAUUGGGUUUGGUCUUCUGGUGGUUGGGCCAGCCCAACCCGAACCAAUGGCGAUGUUUUAUUCGGGUCCGGCGUCAUCGACUUCGCCGGUUCCGGCGUGGUUCAUAUGGUUGGUGGUAUAGCAGGGUUAUGGGGAGCAUUUAUAGAAGGUCCGAGAAUCGGCCGGUUCGACCGGACCGGUCGUUCUGUUGCUUUAAAAGGACACAGCGCGUCUUUAGUAGUGUUAGGUUCGUUUUUGUUAUGGUUCGGUUGGUACGGGUUCAAUCCCGGUUCGUUUUUGACAAUCGUAAAAAACUACGGAAAUACCAACGGAAGGGAUUACUAUGGUCAAUGGAGUGCUAUUGGAAGAACAGGUGUCACAACGACAUUGGCUGGAUGCACUGCGGCUUUAACGACUCUGUUUAGUAAACGGUUAUUAGACGGACACUGGAAUGUGAUAGACGUGUGUAACGGUUUACUCGGCGGUUUCGCCGCGAUAACUUCGGGUUGUUCGGUUGUUGAGCCGUGGGCGGCGAUUGUGUGUGGGUUUGUUGCGGCGUGGGUUUUGAUUGGGCUUAAUAGAUUGGCGGUUAAGGUGAAGUAUGAUGAUCCUUUGGAGGCGGCGCAGUUGCACGGAGGGUGUGGCGCGUGGGGAGUGUUGUUUACGGGGUUGUUUGCGAAGGGGGAGUAUGUUGACGAGAUUUAUGGGGUUGGGAGGCCGUUUGGAUUGUUGAUGGGUGGUGGAGGGGGAUUGUUUGCGGCACAGGUGGUUGAGGUGGUGGUGGUGUGUGGGUGGGUUACUGUGACGAUGGCGCCGUUGUUUUAUGGAUUGAAUAAGAUGAAGUUGUUGAGGGUGUCGAGAGAUGAAGAGAGUAAGGGGAUGGAUUUGAGUAGACAUGGUGGGUUUGCUUAUGCGUAUCAUGAUGAAGGUGAUGAUGAGUCGGUUAGAAAAUUAGGGUCUAUGAUGGGUAGGAUUGAGCCUGCCGGAGGUGUUUCUCCCUCCGCCGGCGGGAACGAUUCACUGAUGCCAAACACUGCACCACCAGUGUGAUGUCGUGGUCACUUCAUUGCUUCGUCAUUUGUUAAGGGUUUGGCAGACUUGAUCCAUAAUCAACAAGAAUGGAGAGUAUUUCUUCUGAUAGAUUUAAUAUGCAUUGUUAGAAGAUAAAAUAGAAAAAUAGCUAUGAAGAAAUAAGUGUAUAUGUGGGAUAAAAUUGUGCAACGUAUAUAUCUAAGUGAUUGUGUAAAUUUUGGCUGUUUGAGUUUGUUUCAGUUGUUAAA